CUUGGUCGCGUAAAGAAGGCGUAGGAUUAAAUAAACAAAUAGAAGGGGAAAAAUGAGGGGUGUGAGGAAAAAAAGGAAUAGAAUUGCUGAAUAUCGCGAAACAUCUACGUCGCGUUGACAUUUGCGUCGUUGGUUUAUCGAAGACGCGCGUUUUCGUUUCUCGGUCAGAACCCAAUAUUAUGCCAGCCGUUGGACGUGACAGCAAUCAUCAACAAUCCCUUCGUCUGACAUAACCUCAAACACUUCCUGUGAUUACACUACGCUUCAACGGCGUCGGAGCAUUAAUGUCAGCCGUAUCGAAUAUGCGAAACAACAUUUCACUGCCGCGACGGAUAGUUAGAAGUCUUCAAAGCUUUUGCCACGCGUAUGCUAGUUUUUCAGCCGGACUGAGACGUGUAUGAUGUAAGGGACUCGUUAGUAUGCUGGAUAAGCGGCGGCUCCAUGCCUCCGGUACGUCGCCAUGCACUAUGAUUUUCUUGGUCGCCUUGGCAUUGACUGGAUGCUUAUCGUUGUGGCUGCACAUCGACGGCUCUGGAUCCCCAACGUCGUCGUACAGCAGCGGCGCCUCGGCGCCGGGAUACCUACUGAUCCUUCCUGACAACGUCACGCCCUCCCCACAGCCGUACUUACUACACGAACUACCGUUCGGUGACAGGUCCACCCUGAUCAACAUAAAGGAUUUUCGAUUCACGAUCAAUCAUGAGCCGUGCAAUCGAAGCCACCCGUUGCUGCUGAUGCUGGUCCAUUCAGCGCCCGAGAAUUACGUGAAGAGAAACGUGGUCAGAGAGACAUGGGGCCAGCAAUCUCCGGACGUGGCGCUCCUCUUCCUUGUCGGCUCCUCAGACGAGCACCAGGCGAGGCUCGAAGAGGAAAAUAGGAAAUACAAAGACUUGAUACAGGGCAACUUCCUCGAUGCCUAUAGAAACAUGACUUACAAGCAUGCGAUGGCAUUGAAAUGGGCUACGUAUCAUUGUCCAAGUGCCAAAUAUAUACUAAAAUUAGACGACGAUGUUUUUGUUCAUAUACCCGCCAUGUUGGAUUUCUUGACGCGCGAUCUAUCGCCAUGGGGAGCAAGACGGUUAAUCCUGUGUGAUCUCCUUUCUGUGAGCACCGUGAAGAGAUCAUGGCGUUCCAAGUGGAGAGUAUCCCCUCAAGAAUAUCCUGGAAGACAUUAUCCUGCGUACUGUGCCGGAUGGGCGAUACUCUAUUCGCCCGAUAGUGUGUUUCUUUUGUAUCGCGAGGCUCAGAAAGAACCGUACUUCUGGAUCGACGAUGUUCAUAUUACCGGAACGUUAGCUAAGAAAGUAAAUUUAACACAAACCCCUAUGCAUUAUCUGGUGCUAACCAACGAGAACAUGCAGGACCUUCUGUCGAACCCAAGUUCUCGCAGGGAGUUUUUGUUUGGACCUCCGAAUCUCACGGAAAACGAAAUAAGAGCCUUACAGAAUCUGGUCACUAAACCACGGCCUAGCAGUGAAAGCCUAUUCAAUUGA